AUGUCCUUCGGUCGACCGCCCACGUUUUCGACGUUCAGCCCCACGCCGCCGGACCGGGGCUCGUUUCCGCUAGACCACGAUGGCGAAUGCAAAGCGGCCAUGAUGGCGUACCUCAAGUGUAUGAAAGCGAGCAAGAACGACAAUGGGCAGUGCAGGCACCUGAGCAAAGCCUAUCUCCAGUGUCGCAUGGACAGCGGGCUGAUGGAAAAGGAUGAGAUGUCGAACUUGGGCUUUCACGAGGAGGACACGAAGCCAAAAGACACGCCAUUGCCAGCAAAGGGGUCUGGUAGUGCGGGUAAUCAAGGGCAAGCAGAGAGGGAGCGAGCAACGAUGGCAAGGAUCGUCUAG